UAGGAAACAAAACCUUGGCUAGAAAUAGUGAAUCAUUUCCAGGUCACUUUCAACAUGGAGAGUGGAGCAGGAAAGCACUGGACUGAAGAAGAGGUUAAAGCUUUGCUAAGUGUCUGGGCAGAAAAAAAUAUACGAAAACAACUUUAUGGAACCCUGAGAAAUAAAGGAAUAUUUAUUUACAUUGCUAAAAGGCUGCAAGCACUAGGAGUAUACAGAGAUUGGAAACAGUGCCGGGCAAAGUACAAAAAUCUCAAAUAUGAAUACAGAACAGUUAAAUAUGCCCAUAACUCUGGAGACAGCUCUAAAACUAUGAAGUUCUUCCAUGAUCUGGAUGCGAUCCUGCAGUAUGAACCUGCCACACAAUUAAGAGAGGAAGAUGCAAAUGACAGGUGCCUGGCAACGCUGAGCCAAAGUGCAGCUCCAGGGACCACUGAAGGCAACAUGUCAGUUACAUUAGAAGAUAAAGAAGACCUCUCAGGAAAUCCUUUACUUUUGGUUUCUCAUAUCAGACCAAUGGAACUAGGUAACUCUACAUCAUUUAUGGAACCCUGUAUUAACUCACCUUUUAUUCCAACUAUAGCAAAUGAAGGAGGAAAACACUGGACUGUACCAGAAGUCAGGGCUCUAAUUGGCAUCUGGUCUGAUAUAAGUAUACAACAACAACUAGAAGGAACAGUGAGAAAUAAAAGGAUAUUUGAACAAAUUGCUGCCAAGCUUCAGAAAUUUGGAAUAGAAAGAGACUGGAAACAGUGCAGAACAAAGUAUAAAAACUUAAAACAUGAAUAUAAGAUUGUAAGAAUGGCUCAAGACCAAGGCAUAACUAAGAGUAUGAAAUUUUUUACGGAGUUGGAUGCUAUUUUGGGACACAAUAAAACAGAGAAAUCACAACAACAGGAAUUCCAAGAUGAAAAACAAGCCAACGGAUGUGCCAAUGUAAAAACAGAAGAGAAUCGGACAGUCAUUGCUGGAGAUGCGGCUGAAGAUGACUUUGUUGGUCAUAUGUCAGAAGACCUAAGAGAGGGAGAUGUAAAACAAAGUCCUGCUACAGAGGAAGAUACCAUAAGUACAGUCUCAGAAGACUUGGGCGGCCCCAAAGCACCACAAAGUAUCACUGUGUCAGAAUUAUUUGAAGGUCAUACCAAAAACCCAAGAACUUUGAGCAUCAAAAGAAAAGCACACGAAGAUGGACCAGUGUCUGUAUCUCUUAAGAAAACCGCUCCUGAGAUCACUGCAAAUGGGUUUCCUCAAUGCGUAACAGAACGGAAAGAUUCUACAGAAUGUUUCUACAGACAGGAAACCCCAUACGCGAUCCAAUUUCAUCAGAAAUUACCACGUUCCUCGCUGCUGCUACUGAAAACAUCACAAGGUCAAUUUUCAAAACCAGCUUAACAAAGACUUAUUUGGUUAGAUGAGCAGCCUCAGAGAAUCCAUUUAUUACUGUGCUAUUAUCAUAUAAUUACAUUUUUAUUGCUUUUAUCUUGUACUGUCUAAUCCCUAUUCUUUCAUAUGAAAGCAACUACAGAAAAGUGCAUGUAGCUAGAAAUCAAGUUGUAUUCAUUAAGCAAACAAAUAAACCCUUUUUCUUCUGGCACAUAUUUAAAGGAGAGACUGAAGAUCCUCUUCCCUUCACAGAAUAUCUAAAAUAACUUAUCCUAAGAAUGUUUUAAACUAAUGUUGUGCUGAACUACCACAUAAGCAGAUUUUAGUUUAUCCUUGGAUUAUUUAUCUAAUCUUCUCAAAAAAUGUACAGUAUUUUAAAACAAGAUCUAUACUAGGGUCAACCCACAAUUAUCCAGGAUUAGAGUCAUUCAAGUUAAAAAUAUUUUUGAUUCAACCCUGACUCUAAAUUACUAACAGCUCUUAGCAAAGGGAGUACGUAAGAUAAACUAAAGUAUCUGCAACUCUACAAAGAUCAGAAAGACUACUUGCAAUCCAAGUUUGUUUAGGGAAAGCAAAACAUUUGGAAUGCAUUUAUACUUGUGGCUUCCAUAUUGCUGAUAAAUGUUACUGCCAAAUUCCUUAAGAGUUAUUGCUGCAGUAUUGCCUUAAGAAAACUUUGUAAUACUUUCGGCGAGAAUGUCAAACCUACGUUUAGAUCAAAUGCCAGGUAGUAAGAAACGGAAGGAUCACUUAAGUUAUUUUUUAACUCAAAGGGAUCUACCAGUUUUUCAAAAACCAGUAUGUAUCUAGUCAUACAGGAACUGCUCCCCUUCCCCUCUUUUAAAGAAGGGAGUUGUUUCUUUGGCAUCCUCUUACUACAAACUUCUCCUUCAUUAUCUGAAACCCGUGACUCUUCUGCGGAUGCACUAUUUCCUGUGACUGGUUUAUUUUCCCUUAGUUUGUUCAUAGGAGAUCUGCAACCGGUACUUCCUUCUGAAUAGCAGGUAGCUCUGUUUCCCAGGGUCUGAACCCUAGAAUCCCUAAAUUCUCACAGCUAUGACUACGUUCACACCCACAAGUUGUUCAAAAGCUCUGCCCUUGCAAACAAAAGCUGUCGAAGGCUUGUUUUGUUUGCCCUUGCAAACAAAAGUGUCGAAGGUUCCGCGAGAACACCUCAACGUGUUGCAGGACCUCAACCAGCAGCCACCCCACACAGACCUUCACAAAAGCAGCUCCAGGCUCUGCAAGAUUAAAACCGGCAAGUAGUGGGGGGAAGUCCCGAUUCCGCUAACCCUAGAGAACCCGACACUUACAAAUUGGCCAGACUCAUGAGGGGUGCACACACCGGGGAAGGGGGGGAAGCCCUAAAGAGCAUUAAGGGUUUGGGGGGGAGCAGCGAGUCCAGGGAUGCAAGGUGGUGCCCGCGCACGCCUUGGCAACCUAGCUGAUGCCACAGACAGAUAUCAAUCCAGGCAACAGAGGUCGGUCUCCAGGCCCUCAGGCGCACACGAGGUCGCUAACCCGUGCCGCGGGAAACGGCUUGGGCUGAAGGAGAGAGAAGCAGACACGCCGCCACCCCCACCCCUCAGCCGGUUGCUCACCGGUGUUGCAGCCCCACGAGUCCCAGAGUGAUCACAUGCGGCACAUCUAGCUGC